CAAAUUAGGAAAUGUGAGUUAGAACCGUUCAGCUUCCUCACAAGGAGGCAGGAGGAGCUUUCAUUACACGCCUUACUCCCGUGAGCUCUUCCAUUCCUCGAGGCAUCUUUUCCUCGUUACAAUGGCGGCUUCUUCCACGGUCUUCUCCCUCGCAGGUGGAGUUCAUAUCAACACAUGUAGUCUCCAUUCAAAUAAACUCAAAACGUUGGGUGGUUACCAUUUACAAUUGGAAAAGCUUCAGAGCUCAAAGCAGUCAAAUCGUUUGCAAAGGUUUCCUAUUCAUGCUGAAUAUGGUUCUCGAGGAGGGGGUGGUGAUUUUAUUGCUGGUUUCCUUCUAGGAGGGGCUGUGUUUGGAACUUUGGCUUAUGUCUUCGCUCCACAGAUAAGGAGAUCAUUGUUGAAUGAAGAUGAAUCCGGGUUUCAAAGAGCUCGGCGGCCAAUAUAUUCUGACAAUGGCCUUGAGAAAACUCGUCAAACUCUGAAUACAAAGAUUAGCCAACUGAAUUCAGCCAUAGACAAUGUUUCUUCACGUUUGAGGGGUGGAAAUAACUCUGCUUCUGAUCUCGUUGAAGCCGACUCUGAAUUAGAAACAAACCGUUAGGGCUGUUUCUUCUUUGCAUCAAUGCUAUUUUAGAUUAAGAAGUCUUAACUUUGAAAUCCACCGUUAUGUUGAUUGAUACUUAAGCAACAAGCUAUGAUACAGUUGGAGAGAAAAGUCCUCUGCGCCACAGAUAGUGAUGAAAUCUUGUUGUUUUUCAGUAAUUAUACUGUUGAUGAUAUUAAUUAAGUAAUUAUAUUUUGGCAGAUUUGUUAUUCAAACUUUGAACAGUUUUGAAUAGUCUUUUUUAACUGGUCUCAA